GACGAUCUUCCAGUUCCUACGGCCUUUUAUCCACUCAAUGCUCAACAUUUGACACACGACAUCAGUCCCAACAAAAACCAACCGGGAAAACCAAACGGCGUACACCUUGCACCAGGCCCCUUUGGACAUCCACAAGGCUCGUACCAGUUUUCUGGUAGCUUUGGCAGUUACAUCGAGAUACCCAACAACGGAGGCCUGGACACAAGAUACUCCAUAACAAUUCUUGCCUGGCUUAACCAACAAAACGAUGAUGGACCGAUUGUUAACUUCGGAUCUAAUGUCUGGGGAUUUCACUUCUGGGUUGUAAAUGGAAGGUUGUUUGCUAGACCAUCAAGACGUGCAGAUAGAGCACUUCCAAAAUAUGCUGUUUCUUCCAGCCUGGAACCUGGAACCUGGAACUAUGUUGGUACCUCUUACAAUUUUUCAUCUGGCGUCGUAAAGCUUUGGAUAAAUGGAUCUGAAGUGGCUCAUGAGAUAUCCGGAGGCGAAGAACAAAGCACACAGUAUGAUGUAAGGGUGGGAGCUAAAGCAAGCACCACCGACCGAAGAUACUUAAAAGGUCGCAUCUGCUGUCUUCAGAUUUACAAUAAAUCGCUCAGCCAAAAGGAAAUUAUAGCGGUUCAAAACAGAACUUUGAACACAUGUAAGUAUGACGUGUCGUAGUAAACUGCUCUAAAUGAAACAUGUGACUGGAUAGUGCCUAGUCUCUUUCAGUCGGGGUUUAUUACUAGACCUCUUUUCAGUUAACUUAUCCAAGGUCGAAUUGAAGCGAGGGAAGUGAAUGUCUUAAGCGACGGUUUAUAACGCAAUACAAGUGAAGUUUUACAGUAGAUGUUUACAUUUUUUUGCCCGACUUCCUUGUGUUAUCAUUCCGUGGUCAUCUUAUGAGUUUCCUUAGAUGACUAUGAUGCUUUGCUUGCACAAGUACCAUGUUCAAUAAGACAUGUAAGGUGUCGUGUCGUCUUUGAAGAGGACCUCGAUCAAACCUUGGAGAGCCUGUACAAGGCGUUCAGAUAGUGGGGGGUCCGCCUAAAAUGAAGUCAGUAGGAAAAACAGCGAGGUGGCUCGAGCAAAGGGAAAAGCCGGGCGAAUUGCUAAAACAUGAAUGUUUAUGGCAAAGCUGAUGACCCGAACCCUAAAUUAAAAUUUUAAGGAAGCAAUCUCUUUACUUUGUCAUUUGUAGAUCAAAGAUUUUUCCAACCAGUCUUCGCUGUCGGAGAACAGCUACAAAGCGAUGUCGUAAAAACAUCCAAAGCGUCUACAGUGAUGGAGUGUUUGUUACGCUGUUCUCGUAUGACCGAGUGUAAGUCCGCCUCUACUGAAGAAAUAAGCAUCGGUCGAUCUCCUGCAGGCUACUGCCAGCUUUACCGAAGACCUUUUGACGAAACUUCAAGACCUGUAAGCUAUUUCAAAUUGAAGCAGUAUUACAAUGAGCUUAACUAA